AGUGACAUUGGGCGCCCAGAGGAGGACGGAGGAGAAGGUGAAGGAGACCCCGCCGCCAUCAUGUUCCGUCUGAUGGUCACUCAGGCCAAGAAGCACCCCAGUUUGAUCCCCCUGUUCCUGUUCAUCGGAGCCGGGGGCACCGGAGCCGCUCUGUACGUCAUGCGCCUCGCCCUGUUCAACCCCGAUGUCAGCUGGGACAGAAAGAACAACCCCGAACCUUGGAACAAGCUGAGACCCACGGACCAGUACAAGUUCGUGGCCGUGAAUACGGACUACAGCAAGCUGAAGAAGGAAGGCCCGGACUUCUGAACGGGGCCGGGGCCUCCCCGUUACAAGGCGCACAAUACGAGGGUCUUCAGGAAGCCAUCCGCACAACGUCCAGCCAGGAAAGAGCCCGGUUCCCCCGGGGGCCGCGCAAGAUCGUGUCGGCGCCCGAGCUCGCCGGGGGUCUAACGGGACAAAUAAAUAUUUAAAAUUUGGAA